AUGGGCCCUACAGAAAUUGUGGAUUUAUCUAGCGACGAAGAAAGUGAAAAGGUUUGUCUAAAAGCUGUUAAGUUGGAGGGAGAUUUUGUUAUCAAUGUAAAGCAAUAUAAUGGGACUGACAAAGGUCAACUAGCCAAAUAUAAGAGAUCUCGAAGUAAUACCACUGGACAAGAUUCUGAAGAAAACAUAAGUUCUAAUGCUCCAAGUACUGGUCAUAGUAACUCCAGUGUAUUGGAUCAGGGACCAUUGUCGGUUGAUGACACGGGAAUUUCUUAUGUGUCACCCAUUGGUGCAGCACCCCUUUGCAGGCAGUUUUGGAAAGCUGGAAACUAUGAUGAUGGGAUUGGUUCUAAAGUCACAGUACAAAGACUUUUGUCCUUUAUAGACUUCUUAUCUCUUUCAUAUGCUUUUCGGGUCGCAGAUGCUAAAAAUUAUCUACAUGUGCACCCCAUGUUCCUUCACUCAAAUGCAACUUCACAUAAGUGGGCAUUUGGUGCCAUAGCAGAACUUCUGGAUAAUGCAGUUGAUGAGAUCCAAAAUGGGGCUACCUUUGUCACUGUAGAUAAAAUAUCAAAUCCAAGGGAUGGGAUUGCAGCAUUGUUGAUUCAAGAUGAUGGUGGUGGAAUGGAUCCGGAAGCAAUGCGUCGUUGCAUGAGUUUUGGAUUUUCAGACAAGAAGUCACAGUUUGCUAUUGGACGGUGCAGGUUUUUCAACAAGCCAUCAAUAUAUGAAGUUCGGGGGGCCGGGGGGAAUGAAUUAUUAGUUUUUCUUACUGUUUCUAUCUUGAUCAGGAUUUUGACUCAAAGUAUUGGACUUCUGUCAUAUACGUAUUUGACGCAAACACAGCUUGACAGAAUAGUAGUACCCAUGGUGAAUUAUGAAUUCAAUACAUCAACUGGAUCAUUGAAAGUAUUAAAUGGAAACGAGCACUUUGUGUCUAAUUUAUCCUUGCUGUUGCGUUGGUCACCAUAUUCAUCAGAGGCAGAUCUUCUGAAACAAUUUGAUGACAUUGGAUCUCAUGGUACUAAAGUUAUUAUCUACAAUUUGUGGUGCAAUGAUGAUGGGAAUUUGGAGCUAGACUUCGAUACAGAUUCUACGGUUGAUAUUCGUAUUGCUGGGGAUGUCAAGCAGAUUGAUACAAUUAAAGCUUGGAAGAGUAUAAAUGAGGAACACAUUGCUAAUCGAUUUCGUUACUCUUUACAAGUAUAUCUGUCUAUAUUGUACUUGAAGAUACCGGAAAGUUUUCAAAUUAUAUUGCGGGGGCAAGUUGUGAAGCCACACAACAUUGCUGAUGAUCUUAAAUAUCCUCAAUUUGUUAAAUAUGCACCACUAAUUGGUGGAUCUUCAAAGGGAACAGCUUUGACAGUCACAACAAUUGGAUUUCUUAAGGAAGCUCCUCAAGUCAAUAUCCAUGGUUUCAAUGUAUAUCACAAGAAUCGGCUUAUACUGCCAUUUUGGCAGGUUGUUAGCUAUUUGGAUAGUAGGGGUAGAGGAGUUGUCGGUAUCCUGCAAGCAGAUUUUAUUGAGCCAACGCAUAACAAACAAGAUUUUGAGAGAACUUCCCUGUUUCAAAAGCUUGAAGGGCGAUUGAAGGAGAUGACAUGGGAAUAUUGGGAUACACAUUGUACAUUGUUUGGGUACAGGGCAAAGAGGAAGCUUCCAACUGGGUUUGCAUCAAUUGAAAAACCCUUGGCUGUAGAAAAACCGAUCAUAUUGAACAAAAGUUCCUCCUCUCUUGUCAAUGCAAAAUCAUCCGAGAAUACCUUACAAUGUUCUCAUAAUAAGAGAAAGGCACAUGAAUUUGUAGACCUUCUGGAUAAGCAAAAGCUUGCAAGGAAAGACAAUGUAGCCAAUGAUUGUUUCAGUCAAAAUAAACAGGUGGUUGGACGUAUUGCAACACAUGAUGUACAAGAAGAUAACUUGCGGGGGAUUAAGAUGCGUGCGAGGGUGGUGAAGCUUAAAAGUAAAAUACAAGAAGCCCAAGAUGAGUAUAAACGGCUUUUGGCAGAAAUAAAGUCCCUAGACCCUAAUCCUUUUGAGGUCUGCGGCUCACUAGGUUUUGAGGAUAUGAAGGAUCAUAGGGUCUUGACUGAGCCACCUGAUUGUAGUGGUGAUGGUGGUCCAACACUAGUAGCAUUUCAGAUAUGA